GCUGCGCCCCCGGCCCCGGCCGCCGCCUCCACAGUGGACACAGCGGCUCUGAAGCAGCCGCCGGCGCCCCCGCCGCCGCCCCCGCCGGUGUCGGCGCCCGCAGCCGAGGCCGCGCCCCCUGUCUCUGCCGCCACCAUCGCCGCAGCUGCGGCCACCGCCGUCGUAGCCCCAACCUCGACGGUCGCCGUGGCCCCGGUCGCCUCUGCCUUGGAGAAGAAGACAAAGAGCAAGGGGCCCUACAUCUGCGCCCUGUGCGCCAAGGAGUUCAAGAACGGCUACAACCUCCGGAGGCACGAGGCCAUCCACACGGGAGCCAAGGCCGGCCGGGUGCCCUCGGGUGCUAUGAAGAUGCCCACCAUGGUGCCCCUGAGCCUCCUGAGCGUGCCCCAGCUGAGCGGAGCCGGCGGGGGAGGGGGAGAAGCGGGUGCGGGCGGCGGAGCGGCCGCCGUGGCCGCGGGUGGCGUGGUGACCACAACCGCCUCGGGAAAGCGCAUCCGGAAGAACCACGCCUGUGAGAUGUGCGGCAAGGCCUUCCGCGACGUCUACCACCUGAACCGACACAAGCUGUCGCACUCGGACGAGAAGCCGUACCAGUGCCCGGUGUGCCAGCAGCGCUUCAAGCGCAAGGACCGCAUGAGCUACCACGUGCGCUCACAUGACGGCGCUGUGCACAAGCCCUACAACUGCUCCCACUGUGGCAAGAGCUUCUCCCGGCCGGAUCACCUCAACAGUCACGUCAGACAAGUGCACUCCACAGAACGGCCCUUCAAAUGUGAGAAAUGUGAGGCAGCUUUUGCUACGAAGGACCGACUGCGGGCGCACACAGUACGACACGAGGAGAAGGUGCCAUGUCAUGUGUGUGGCAAGAUGCUGAGCUCGGCUUAUAUUUCGGACCACAUGAAGGUGCACAGCCAGGGCCCUCACCAUGUCUGUGAGCUCUGCAACAAAGGUACCGGUGAGGUCUGUCCUAUGGCGGCAGCGGCAGCGGCGGCGGCAGCCGCGGCAGCAGCGGUGGCAGCCCCCCCCACAGCCGUGGGCUCCCUCUCGGGGGCCGAGGGGGUGCCUGUGAGCUCUCAGCCACUUCCCUCUCAGCCCUGGUGAGCUCCAAGUUGGUGGCGGGGAGAGUGGAAAGUGGAGGAAAGUCCCUUGGUACCAUCUCCUCUUCCCCUCUCUUCUUACCAACUCCUCGCUACUUCCCCACCAACCAAGGAGCCUCCAGAAGGAAAGGAGGAAGAGAUGUUUCUUAGGGGAAUUCGCUAGGUUUUAACGAUUUGUUUCUCCUGCUCCUCUCUUCUCCCUGUCAGACCUGACCCCACACACACCUGUCCCCUCGGUUGUGUUGAAGCCCCCUGGAUAGUGGGCAGGGGUGGCAGAGGACAGGAGCGGCCACUGCCCUCACCCCCUCUCCUCUCUGUAACCCCCUGCCCUUCCAGGGAUCUGUGAGCCUUCUCCUUGAUGGUCCUUGCUCUCCUCCUUCCAUCCCCCCCCCCACUACUGUCUGCUGCCCCUCCCUGGGGAGUUGGUGCUUUUUUUUUUUUUUUCCAGGGGGAGGGAGGAGAGGAAAGAGGGGAAUCAAAGAUUCUGUCCCAGAGAGGGGCAAAGGUGAGAUUGGAGAAGGGGCAGAAGCAGGGAAGGCAAGGGUAGUAGUACCUUCAUAAGGUGGGGUUGUUUGGGGUCAGGCCCUAAACAUCGUCCUACUUGAGAAUCUGUCAGGGGAAAACAAGUCAAGGGGAGCAAAAGAAGGAGCCACUAGGGCCAGAGGCAGGACAAGAGAUGGAAUUUUAGGGUGCCAGGGUAAACGGGGGGAUCCAGGGACUAGAGGUGCUUCCUGGGGGUGGGGGGAAUGCAGUCACAGUGUCUCCCCCGUCCCUCUUCCACCCCAGCUCCAGCCCUGGCCUUUUCUUUUCAUCCCUCUCCCCCACGACAGAAGCUGUGGCCCUGGCCAUGUCAUCGUGUUCCUGUGUCCCCUGCAUGUUCCCCACCCUUCACCCCCUCCUUUUGCGCGGACCCCAUUACAAUAAAUUUUAAAUAAAAACCUG